AUAAAAUAAAAUAAUAAGUAAUAAAUGAGUCAUAAUAAUUUCUCAUCAUAUAUUUUAAAAGGGAAAUUUGAGUUUUAAUGCAAUAAGUGACACUACAUUUAAAAAAUACCCCAUCCCUAUAUGACUCUCGUUUUGGUGCUACUAAUGACAUUACUACCCAAAAUACUCCUGGCAUAAUUUUCUCAAACUCUCCGUAUUCUCUCCCAAAUUCUCGAACCAAGCAAACUUUGAAAUAGAUAGGCCUCGAUUGAAUCCGAGGAACCUAACCUUCAUUGUCUUCCACGACCACGAACAAGGGCUCCCAAAGGGUCGGAGUUGACGAUCGGAGAAGGGGAAGGAGAAAACGUCGAGCAAGCCGACCAAACUUUUAGGAAACAACCCCAAAGAAAGCGAAGGAGAGGGAUUUCAUUUUUAAUCUGCAAUAUGUGUAUGUGCCUGGUUUUUUUUGUUGAUUUUUGUUCAUAGAAUAGAUCAGGGCUGGGGAAUGAAGAAAUCUGGGUUUUUUUUCUAUAUUUUUCAUGCAACUCGAUAGAAAUCGAUAGGACGCGAUAGCACAUGAUAGGGACUGGAUUUAGCUGUGCCUCGAUAGGCCUCGAUGGGACUCGAUGAAAUUUAGGCUUUGGGAUUUUUAGGGCCUACCUCGAUAGGAAUCGAUAGGCCUCGAUAGGACUCGAUACUACGAGACUUUGGGAUUUUUAGGCCUUACCUCGAUAGGCCUCGAUAAGACUCGAUAGUAACCCGAUGAUAUUAUUCUUUGUGAUUUUUAGAACCCACCUCGAUAGGACUCGAUAGUUUCUGCCUCGAUGGGACUCAAUAGGCCUCGAUAGUGACCAGAUUGUUUUACAUUUUUAACAUUUUUUUAACAUUUUUAUUUUGCUUUUUUUUCCAGAUGCCUGACCUUAUUGUGUCGUUGGAGAAACACUUUCCUGGCCGUGUCACUUAUAGGGAUAGUGCCUUCUUGGAUACCCUUAUAGAGCAGUUUCAGAGGCAUGGUCUUAUUGAAAGGGCACAGGCAUGCCCGUUGGGACAGUUCUUUAAGGCGAAGCCGUUUAGUUUUUCUGGGGUUCUGCUGCAUCAGCUAAUGUUGCGUAAGGUAGAAAGAAAGAAGCCUGAAGAGGGUCAGUUCUACCUGGGCAACACUCUGUGUAGAUUUGGUAUUGCAGAGUUUGCCCUAGUUACCGGGCUAAAUUUUGGGAAAUCAUCGUCCCUAGAUGAGUUGAAAGAGCAUCUUUCAAGUGAUCAGAUCAUCCAGGAAUAUUUUAAUGGUGAUUCGAAGGUUAGUUUUGGUCAGUUGAAAGAUGCAUUGAAGGCCUCCACAAACCCAGAAGAUGCAUUUAAGAUGGGUUUGUGCUAUUUGAUAGAGGGGGUACUGAAUGCCCCAAAGAAGACAACGACGAUAUGGGGAGAUUCCCUGAGGAUGGUUGAGGAUAUUGAUUACUUUUUCAAGUAUCCAUGGGGGAAGUUGUCAUUUAAGAAGGUUAGCAAAGGAGUUCAAAAGGACAUGAAGAAGCAAUUGAAACACUAUGAGGAGAAGAAGAAAGAGGGGUCAAGCAAAAAACAGAAGGAGGCGAAGUAUAGUUUCAAUUGCUAUGCAACCGCGCUUCUUUACUGGGCUUUUGAGGCCAUGCCUUCUCUCGAGAGUAAGUUUGGUGAGAACAGUGGGAAUCAGAUUCCGAGGAUGCUUAGCUGGGCUACGAAGACUAAUAUCACUAUUUCAACAACUCUGUUGGUUCCUAUAUUCGCCAACCGUCGAAUAAGUUCCAUUUUAUCUUGUUAAAUGUCAUAGAUUAAUUUAUUAACGAUUUAUUUUAUUAAAGUUUUCCUGACACAUGUUAUUCAAACAUGCAGUUAGUGGUAUUUCCCAUGCUGAAGCCACGUCCCGGUGAGGUAGUCUACUACAAUGGCCUCCCAGAAGUUGAUUCCAGGUUAUUCCCUGAGUUGGAAUCAACUGUGGGGGAGGCUGGGACUGCAGUGAAGGAAGUAGUGGUACCUGAGAAGGAGGCAGAGAAGCUGACAAAAGUUGCAAAGGAAGCCUCCAUUUUUUAUGAGGAUGUCCCGAGGGUUGAGGAGGGCACUUCACAGGCCUGUGCAACUUCAUCUAGUCAGGUUGCCCAGCCUGAUUUUGAGAAAUUGAUGCAGAGGCUCAAGAGGGUUGAGGAGGGCCAGACAACCUUACUACAGAAUCAGACCACAAUCAUGGCUCAGUUGGUGCAGCUGCUUUCACUGGUCUUAGGUCGAUCCACCGACGUAAAAUCAGAUACAGAGUCUGAUAUCUUGCUUGCAGACUACGAGCGCGGUGAUCAACCCUCCACUCCACAGGCCCAUACAUCUGUAGUUUCCAGUGAUGCUGACAGUCCCAGUGUACGAGUACUGCAGCCUGAGGAGGCAGCUGGCCUUGAAGUUGUCAGGAAGAAACGCAUGCCCAAGUGUUUUGAUGACUUCACCGACCCAACAAAGAAGAUCAGACUAGAUAAACAGGGGCUAGUUGCUAAACCACUGAGGAAGUGUGACCCACAGUAGGAGAAGAGCUUCCAUAAGUGGAUCAUCGGGAAUAUCGACAACAAGAGAGACCAGAACGUCUAUACUGGGACGCACGGUGUGGCAUGGUUCUUGCAGUUGCACACAGUCCAAACUUGGCUUUGGGAUUCGCAUAUUGAUGCCGCUUUGCACAUGCUACGCCGCCAACGCCACUUUUACCAUGCUGCAUUUCGGCAGGAUGCUGCGAUCAUGAACACCACCUUCCCCCAGGUGUGCCUAGGUCGUUGGAAUCAUUUUAGAGAGAUCGGCACUAAGUAUACAUGGGACAACGAUGUGCUGAGAAUGUUGAAGGGCGAUGAUAAUCAAUUCCUUGUAACAUGGCAAAAUGUGAGUGAAGUAUAUUUUGCCCUUGCACGUCGAGAAAGCCGCACAUUGGAUCGCCAUUGAAGUCUCCAUUCCAACGUGGUUCAUCAACAUUUAUGAUUCCAACCAUAGCGUGCUCAGUCCCACUCUGAUGGAGGAAGCGAUCAAGCCUUGGUGCUUAUUGUUGCCUUCGUUGUUAUGGUGUUCUGGCAUGUUUGACGACCAUGAGGACCUCCAGGUAUAUCCUGAGUAGAAUGCAAAGCCUUUUUCAUAUUGUCGUAUUCCUCCAGAGGAGUGUCCUCAGACUAAGACAAGUGGGGAUUGUGGUAUGUUUUCCAUCAAACAUAUUGAGCAUCUGGUUGCCAGGCGACCACUCGAUACCGUUAUCGAUGAGAACAUCCAGCAUUUCAGGACCAAGUGGUGUGUGGACCUAUUCUAUCAAAAUUUGUCCUCGUGAUGCUCUUUAUAUUUUUGUCUUACACAUCUUGUAUAG